UCCCGACAACAACAACCACGAUCUCUGACCAUGCCUCCCAAGCCGAAGUCAGGAGGGCCUGCAAAGGCGUCGAAUAAGCGACCUGGAAAGCCAUCGUCUGGCGGGUCGUCGUCGAAAUCAGGACCGCCAUCAAAAUCGAAGAAGCCCAGCGGACCCAAACCUGCGCCAACACAGCACAAGCCGAAGCCGACUGUCGACAACAGGAGGAAGAAGCCUCCGCACAUGAAGUACACCGAGAAGGAAUUGAAAGUUCCACAACUGAAUGGCAUUCGACCCGCUGGUGUUUCGAAACCACCAAACGCAAAGAAGGGCAAAAACUUCGUCGACGACAAGGAAAGCAUGAAUGCAAUCUUGGCCAUGGUCAUGGCAGAGAAGGAGGGAAACAUCGAGAGCAAGAUGAUGCGCGCGCGACAAAUGGAGGAGGUUCGGGAGGCGCGGCGGAUAGAGGCAGAGAAGCGCACGCAGAGCAAGAAGGAGAGCUUGGAGGACAGGAAGCAGAACAUCAAGGACGACAGCAAGAAGCGCCGAAGAUCAGACAGUGAGGUUGCUAAGCCGGCGAAGGAGGAGGUUCAGGGCUCGAAGAAGGCGAAGCUCCGAAAACGAGUGAGCUUCGGAUGAGGCGGAGCCGACGAUGUCUACGACUUUAUACAUGUUCUAUGUGUAUCGUGGACCUCUGCCAGAUAUGUGCACCGCAGAUUCGAGCAUUCU